UUCAGCCAUCGUAUUGGAUCCAUCUGAUGGUACUUCAAAAAGAUUUUCAAUUCCCGUUGUUCAGGAAUUGGCAUCUCAGCACCUUCAAAGCCUUCCUCAAAGGUAUAUCAGGUCAGAGAAGGAGCGCCAAGUGCAUGUCCUACUAGUCAUUUGGAUAUCCCUAUAUUUGAUAUGAACAUGUUUUUGGGGGAAUCAGAUAUCUGCACGCAAAAGGAAAUAGAAAAGCUUGGAAUUGCAUGUAAAGAAUGGAGAUUUUUUCAGGCUGUGAAUCACGGAAUUCCUCAGUCUCUGCUGGACAGGAUGAAGGGAAUUAUGAGAGAAUUCAUUCAACUACCAUUGGAAGAAAAACUCAAGUAUGAAGUGCAAGAGCGUGACGGCUAUGGCCAGGCCUUCAUAGCCUCAGAUAACCAAAAGCUGGACUGGGUAGAUAGAAUGUACUUGACCAUUUUACCUCCAGAGAAUAGACAAAUGAAAUUUUGGCCAACAAAGCCUGUGGACUUCAGGUACCUAAAUGAUUGUUAAUUCAGAUGUUUGUGAGUCCUUUAAGAUCGUGUACACGGAAUAGUUAUAAUCAGAUUAUUGCAAAUUAUAUAUGAUAACUAGUGUAACUGCCACUUAUGCCUUACCUAUUUGGU